CAUGUGCUCUUGUAGCGGUCACGCAUGGUGGAGUGGGACUGCAUAUGACUGAGGUCGAUCCGGAGGAUCUGAUAUACACAAUGAAAGUAUGUAUACCAACCGACCUUUCAAGUGGGGUCACCAUUUACUCAUCUCAACGCAGAUGAUUAUUGUCCUCCAGUCAUUAUAUGGCGUGGGGCUGGCCCUCGUCAAAACAUCGCUCAUGGUUUUAUAUUACCGGCUCUUCGGGACCGUGAAAAGCUUUCGCAUCGCCAUCUAUCUCACUGGGGCCAUUGUCUGGGCGUGGGGCUUCAGCAUCGUCCUUGAGUCCUUCCUCCUAUGCCAGCCUGUGGAGUUCAACUACAACCCCAUGCGCCCUGGCGGGGGUUCCUGUGGGAAUCGUAAUGCGGCCUUUGUCGUCGCUGGAGCCCUGAAUAUGGUUACCGACUUCAUGGUCAUGCUUCUCCCUGUUCCAUAUAUAUGGAGUCUCCAGCUAGCCACUGGUCGCAAGAUAGGGCUGGUCAUCACAUUCUGCCUCGGCCUCUUUGUCAGCGCAAUCAGCAUGGUCCGAGUUUUCAGCCUAAUGAGCAUAGACUUUGAGGACGCACCGUGGACUCUGCCACUGCCACUCAUGUGGAGUAUUAUUGAAGAGCAGCUAGCCAUCGUCGCAGCGAACCUCCCCAUUCUUCGGCACGUUCUCGCAUUCAUCCUCCCGAAUGGCUUGAUGGGUUCUUCCAGGCGUAAAGCCAGCGGCUCAGGGAAAUUUCCGUCAAGCAGGAACCAGAGGUACAAGAUGGAUCACUUGAACAAGAGCGGAACUUCUUCCGCGCCAGUGAGAGCGCUUCAUGGCGCGUGGAGCGAUGGUGAGAGAUCUGAAAUAAGCUUGGCUCCCCACGGAGCACCGCCGGACGGAAUCCAUGUUGCGAGGGCGUUUGAUAUUCAUUGAUUCUGUCUAUCAAGGCCGUACCCUUUCCAGACCUUCAGUGGAUAAGCCCUCCUGAUAUUCAUGUCUUACCUGUUUUCUCCGGAGAAUUUGGCCUCUUUGAUGGCUG